AUGGCCCGCUCGCGCAGAGAUAAGAACGUAUCGCUCACCAAAGUCAAGAAGAAGACCAAGGAUACCAAGAACAGUCUCGUAAAUGAAGUCCGCGCCAGUGUUGAUCAAUACAAAAAUUUAUUCAUUUUCACCAUCGCCAAUAUGAGAAGCACCAGAUUCAUUGCGAUCAGACAAAAGUACAAGGAAAGCUCCAGAUUUUUCUUUGGAAAGAACAACGUCAUCGCAAUCGCUCUUGGCAAACAAAAAUCUGAUGAGUAUGCCAAUCAGCUUCAUAAAGCCAGUGCUAUCCUGAAGGGACAAUGUGGUCUCAUGUUCACAAACAUGUCGAAGAAGGAGGUGGAGACUGAGUUCGCCAAGAUUUCCGAAGAAGAUUAUGCUCGCGUUGGUGAUCUUGCCACUGAGACAGUCGUCUUACCGGAAGGACCAAUCGCUCAGUUCGCCUUCUCAAUGGAGCCACAGCUGCGAAAACUUGGUCUACCUACAAAACUAGACAAGGGAAUUAUCACACUCUAUCAAGAAUUCGAAGUUUGCAAGGAAGGACAGCCACUGACCGUUGAGCAAGCCAAAAUUUUGAAACAUUUUGAGAUCAAAAUGGCUCAAUUCCGUCUCAUCUUCAAAGCCAUGUGGAAUAAGAAAGAUGGAUUCAAAGAACUCGAAGCCUAA